GUGGAUUCUGAGUUAUCGCACUCCAGAGUUUUCCUUUGUGGCAGUCUCUCCGCAAGUCCGCGACAGAGAAACAGCACUUUAUUUCGUCCCCCAUGCUUAAAAAAAAUAAACUGUCAAGUAUUGAAUACAUAGCGUCAAUUGUGACUCGACGGACCAUAAUUGGCGAAUGAACACGCGGCCGAGGGUAACCGGUAUACCGUUUGCGCCAUGUUUGCCCCUCUUCCUACUUCUCACUUCUCACCCGUCCCUAUCCUAUUUAUCUUUCUAGUUACCCGAAGUCAUGAACUUAUCAAACCACCACCAUCAAUCUCGCAGAACGUACAGAAAGCGUUCCUCAGUUUCAAGAAUGUCGUCCGACACAGUACACACUCUCCCUGAGUACUCGGCUCCGCUCAAUUGGAGUAAAACAUCCAAUUCGGCGUUCUAUACAGGAAACGAGUCGGAUAGACCGCCUGACUACCCUGAUAGUGAGGAGGCAGACGCAGACACUGAGGAGCAAGCUGUUGCCUUCCCUCCACAACGUUGUCAACUCAAUUCACCACGACGCACAGCACCUUACACACGUAGACGAAAACGCCAGUCAGUCUCUGUCCCAGCAGCCGACCCAUUCCUCGACUCGCUGCUUGAACGCAGUGUACAUGCACUUGAGAUGUCAAAUGUACUCAUGCAGAGCUCAAUCUCCACUCAAUGCAGUCUUUCGGCCUUGCUUUCAUCCGAGGUAGCACCAGACCGUUCUCUCGAGGUUCGCGCGAGGAACCUUUCAACUCGAAUCAGAUUGAACAGCGGUGUCCAUGGCACAUGGAUGGCACAUCUCGAAGAGAUAUCGAAAGGUGUGGAUGGUCUGUUUAACGAAGAGGUUAGAGACAUCGGUCCAGUCAUGCCGGACGAGCCCGCGAUUAGCCAGAGUCUUCCCACAUCAAAUAUCAGGGAUUUGCGGAAUAGGAGGAGACCGUCACUACUGGAGCUCAACGGCUCAUGCUCGAGCGCUUCACAGCUUCAAUUCUCGCUUCCGAAACGUGAUUUCCUCGUUGCACCUGCCCCUAGGGCACUCACCCAGUAUGUCGAAUCAACAGCUGAUCCAGGCAUGAUAAUUUUGCCCUCCACCUUGGGGUUACGGGCCUCUGCUUCAUCGCACUCAACUGAUUGGCAGGAUCACACCUUGGUCAGACAGCCGGAGCUUCAGUCCUCACAGUCUUUACCUGUGUUAUCGGGACAGCCUCUGGAAAUUCCCACUCCAGCGUACAGUCUCCUCUCCAAUAUAGUGAUGCGCUCAGAGUCAGCCACACCUCCACCAACUGAUACAUCGUCCCCUCGUACCUUCAUACCACGGCGUGGUUCAACGAGCACAUGCAGCACUGAACGAGGAUCGAGAUUUUCCAAGUCCCCUUGCUCACUCCAAUUAUCCCCUGAUCGCAAUUGCAAUCGCAAGCCAGAGUCUGCAUCCCGAUCUCACUCCACGACGCCUAGACGACCCGUAACCCCUCUUCCCCGCGUAAUGACUCCACCCAUCGAGGAGCUUUCUCCUGCUUCAUCAGAUUCAUCAGAUCACCCUACUGGCUACCGCACCGUUCAGUCUCUCCGCAAAAUCCUUGAUGAACAGUCACCCUCCACCUCCCUCAACUCUCCCCCUCGAAAAGAUCGUAAACAAAGUCGGUCGCCCAAUUUCAUGCCUGUCACUCCCGUCCCCGCCCCGGUUGCUGGUACAUCCACUGCGACUGCCUCUAUAUCCCGUCUUUUCACGAAGAGCAGACAUUCAUCCUCUACGCGUCCUCCUUCCCCACCUACACAUUCAUCCUUGAAGGCGCCCUCUGUGCCCCCAACACCUCGUUCAUCGCCAAGUAUAGGCAGCCUCUCGGAUAUGUUUGGAAACGGCGUGGCCAAAGCCCUCAGGAGUAAUCCCCCCUCAGGCUUGUCAACGCCUAAGCGCAUCAGCUUUGCGGAGCUCCCAGAGUCGUAUGCAAGCUCACGUCCAGGAUCUUCUAAAAUCUCGGACAAGCGGAAGAACAGGAGCAGAAAGCGCAAGGGGAAAGACGAAGAAGAGGGGGAGACACUUGGGUGGUUUGAGAGGUUGUUCAUUGGAGGGCCUAUGAGCACGAAUUCUGCACGGACCGAUGAUCGUAUGGAGGAACGCAUUUCACGAGGGUGGGGGAGUCGACCUGGAGGCGGGACGUUAGAUGAUUGGGCGGUAUAAAGUCAAUAUUGGUCGGAAUCGGGGGGAUCAGUUAUGGAAGUGUAUAUGAACAUGUUUUUAUCUCCUUUUUGCUUUACUUUUCGCGACGAUGGUCUUGUCAUGAUUUUUGUACGUAUUUUUAUGACACGCUCACUGAUCUUACUUAUAUACCGCACACUGCUAGUGUUCACAUUGUCCAUGCAUGUACUUCAAGUGACUGAGCACUGUACCCUUGAAAUGUCUCAAUAUCACACGCUGAUUGAA